AGGGAAUGGGACUGGAGUCUCCCGGGAGGGCGGGCGGACGAUCCUCAGGUGGCAGUGAAUGGGUCCCCGCCUAAGCUUCCUGAGAGCCACAGGUACCAGCGAUAUUAUCAGGAAGUUGAACUUCCCGAAGGAUACAAGGAACAGCCAUUUUGUUGCCUGCUUAUUGCACCUGAGGUGACCAAUAUUCCAACCAACGAGAUUCAGAUAUGCCUCAGUGGGUGAAGCUCCGAGACUCACACCUCCUCCAAAGAGAACAGGUAUCAAAUGCGGCAAUAGCUAUGGUGGUCAUGGUUUUGAAACUCUGAUCCUGCAUCCACACUACACAGAACCGUGAGUAACUACAAAGUUACAACUAUCUAUCUGGUCCAAAGAAUGUACGGAUAGGUUACAAGAAGUCAUCACCUGGUCGGUUUGGGGUUUCUACGGAGAAAAGAAACUCAAGGAGUUGAUGGCCUGGAGAAGUUUCCUCGGAGGGUGGGGAAAUAACUGUGGAGGAGGCUUCUGGUAAGAACUUGAAAGAACCAGUAAGAGAGAUGGACUGGAAUCCAGGAGACAGGCUUCAGCCAAUCACAGUUUGGAAACUUCAGUGGUCAGAUUCCGGGGAUGCAAAUGCAGAUGGGCCAGCCAAUGCCAGGGGCAGGUCCCAAUAUGUUCUCUGGUGGUUACCCUGGAUACCUGGCUUACUCGGACAGCUACUCCCCUGCUGACGACUCCAUGUGGACAUAUUUCACAGCUGUUGCUGGGCAGGAUGGUGAGGUGGAUGCCGAGGAACUGCAGAGAUGCUUGACCCAGUCUGGAAUUAGUGGAACUUACGCACCUUUCAGCUUGGAAACCUGCAGAAUUAUGAUUGCCAUGUUGGAUAGAGACUACACAGGAAAAAUGGGGUUCAAUGAAUUCAAGGAGCUUUGGGCCGCUCUUAAUGCCUGGAAGCAGAACUUCAUGACCAUUGACCAAGAUCAAAGUGGCACCGUAGAACAUCAUGAGCUGAGUCAAGCCAUCGCUCUUAUGGGCUACAGGCUGAGUCCGCAGACAUUAACUGCAAUUGUCAGGCGCUACAGCAAGAAUGGCCGGAUUUUCUUUGAUGACUAUGUUGCCUGCUGUGUGAAGCUGCGCGCCCUGACAGAUUUCUUUAGACGAAGAGACCACUUGCAACAAGGGAUUGUGAAUUUCAUGUAUGAAGAUUUUUUGCAGGGCACUAUGACAAUUUGAAAGCCUAGCAUUCCAAAGGCGGAGACAGUCUGCGAAUCCUUCUGCUUCGCUGAAACAGACUGGACGACCUAAAAUUGAAAGCUCGCGGAACUUUUUUGUACACCUUCCUGUGAAAGCUCCCCUCCCUUUCUGUUAUUUAACCUUAAAGCACAGUUCAAUGCAAUAACUUUUUUAUUUGGAAUAUAUUAUUUUUGGAAAAGUUAUGACAUUGCAGAUAUAUGCACGCUCUCUUGAAAUGUUGCUAGUGGUAUGUAGCUAACUGAUACCAGCAUACCUGAGCCUUAGUUCUUAACAAUAAAGCAUAUCAGAAUGUAGUCACAUGACAUUGUCUACGAAGCCAAAUAACAAAAGUCUAGAUAAAAUUUUUAUAUUAUCUAAAGGCUACAAGUUAUACUUGUGAUUUUGUUUGUGUCUGUGGGUGUUUCUGGGAGUGAGUCAAAGGGGACAUCUGCACUUUGUGCUGUCUUUGGGUUUUGAUUAAACCAUCAGAGAACAUAGCACAUGUUCUUGGCCAGUGAAUGAGAGAACUGUAGCUCCUAAGACUAUCCUUCCUUGGGUCUGUGAGCCUAGAGUAGUAGGUAUUUUUUUUGCCUAUUUUUAUUGCAUUAUUUUUCUACAAUAUGUUUUAUUGUCUUCCCACAGUUGUUUUUGAUUUCAGCUUCUCUGUUUUCAUUUAGCUGUGUUUUGUGAGACAGGGUCUUUCUACAUAGCCCAGUGUGACACAAAUUCAUGGUCCUCCUUACUUGUCCCUCAUUGUUUGCAGCAAUUCAAGACUUGCACUAUCUUGACCAUACUAAAACUUUCAAAUGAAGAUGCUUUUCUCUUUCAUUAGUGAAGGCAUAGAUAACCUAAAAUGUCAACCGUCCCUGAAUCAAGCAGUUCAGAGGAGUGGCGCACUUUAGUGGUGGGUGAGCAUUCAUUCACGUUUGUUCAGUUAAAGCCAGGUGCUGCUCCUAGUUAAUGGCAACCAAGUGAUCUGCCUCUGUUAACUGUUCAGAAGUUUUGUGUUGGAUUGGUAGUAUGGACUAAUUUGUGCGUGUGUGUGUGUG